UGCGCGCGUGUAACUGGCGGACGCUAGGACCUGAGGAUGGAAUCCCGCUUGCAGCGAUCGGCUGCUUUCAAAUUUGCUGUUUUGAAGUUAUUGUUCCAGUGUUAAAAAUAAGAUGAAGACGAGUCUCUGCUGAUCGAGGCUGUCCAUUGUGACAUCACCUUGGCUAAGGAAUGGAUUCGUGCUCUUCCAGUGCUGGCCGACAGACAAACUCGGGGUCUCACUCUCAGUCCAGGGAAUACAAGCUAGUCAUGCUGGGAGAAGGUGGUGUUGGGAAGAGUGCAAUAAUUAUGCAGUUCAUCAGCCACAGGUUUCCAGAGGACCAUGACCCCACAAUUGAGGAUGCAUACAAAACUCAGAUCCGAAUUGAUGAUGAGCCAGCCAACCUGGAUAUCCUAGACACUGCAGGGCAGGCUGAAUUUACAGCAAUGAGAGACCAGUAUAUGCGUGCUGGUGAAGGUUUUAUCAUUUCUUAUUCUAUCACUGACCGAUGCAGCUUUCAUGAGGCUCGAGAGUUCAAACAACUUAUUCAUCGUGUUCGUAGAACUGUAGACACACCUGUGGUGUUGGUGGGGAAUAAAUCUGACCUUGUUCACCUUCGACAGGUAUCCACAGACGAGGGCCGAGGACUGGCCAGGGAGUUCAGCUGUCCCUUCUUUGAGACUUCAGCUGCUUUACGGCACUACAUAGAUGAUGUGUUCAUUGCUCUUGUACGACAGAUCCGUCAGCGUGAUAAAGAAGCUGUCCUUGCGCUGGAGAGGAAGAAUCGGAAACAUGCAUCAGUCUGGAAAAGACUUAAGUCCCCAUUCAGACGAAAAAAAGACACUGUUAACUGAGUGUUGUAUUUUUGUCCUGUUACACACUGGGAUAUCAAAGUACAUCAAUACUGUAAAAGUUAAGGUAUCUUAAGGGUCGUAAACCCCAAAGGGAAAGUGUAGGCCACACCAUAUUGAAUUGGUGUAUAAAAACUCUGCAGUUUGCAUGUGCUGAUAUAAUGCUUGGUGAGAAGUGGCCACAAACAUCAGUUACCAUUUGACUAUCGCACAAAGUAAUUUGCCACACAUAAAUUACAUCACUAGAUAGUAAAGAAAGGGAAUUGGAUUGCAUUCUGCUCUCCAUUAUUUAGUUAGAUAAAUAACCAAAAUUCUGGUAUUGUAAAAGUCUUCAGCAGUGUGAAACAAUAAUGACUCCUAACCACCAAACACAAUAAUUUUCCUUUGAUAGAAAUCUUAGGGUUCUGGUGGUUUUACAUGCAUUAAUUUACAAAUUAUUGGGUGGAUGUCAUUUACUCUUGGGUUGUUUCUGUUUGGUUUAUGGGAUCCUGACUUUUGUCCUUUAUUCCCCCAUGAUUUUUAGGAGUUAUUACUGGUGCCUUAAUUUUUUUUAUCAAAGUAAUUGCUGUUCCCUGUUUAUAUAUACAUUUUAAAGUCAGAACAGUAAUGUAUCUGGUCUAAACUUUUUACAUAUUUUCGUUAUUAAAGUAUUUGUAAUCUGUGCCACUCAUACCCACAACCUCUUUGCAGAGGUAGCACAGAAUAUUCCACUUAAGAGUGGUACAGAAGGUUAUAGAUAGGAAAUGUCUGUUGACUUAAAGGCAGAUGAGUCUGAUGAGAGUUGCUGAACCAAAAACAGUUCGUGCAAUAGGAAGAGAUCACAAGUGCUUUGAAUGAACUUCAGUCCAUUACACCUCACAUUUGCGCCAAGAGGCAGGACAAAUUCACCCAGUACUGAUUUCCAACAUGAUUUGUGAAAUUGGAGAAACAGAAAAUUAAAAAAACAAUUAUCCAAGAAUCACAAUUUUUUUAAUCAAAGGUGCUCAAUAAGUUAUUAUUCCUAAUAGAAUGAAAACUGUUUAAGUAGAGAAAAAAAAAUGAGAUGGCUGAGUAAGUUUUAUUCAGUAAGGAAUGAGAAGAUGAUUAAUAAGUAAUAUAGAGAUAAGUACGCUAACUGGUAAGAUAUGAAGACUCAAGUCCUUGGCACUUUAUCUUAAGGAGUAGCAUUUUAUUAUUCUUAGGUUCUAAUGGUUAACUACAGAAUUGGCAUUGUUCCCUACAGUAUUUGCUGUGAAUAGCAGAAACCUAUGGAGGACACGUCCACACACUAACAUUGUAUGAACACAAAUUUAAAAAUCACUUCAGCAUUGGCUCAGCAGUUAGUGAAUUAACAGACAUACCCUGAUCUAUUCAGAACAUAGCCUUAGACUUGACUUGUCACCAGAAUGGAAAACUUUGUCUCCUCCCCCCCUGGUGACUUGCCUGUAUAAGCAUCUGAAAGGGUCAGCUAAUGUAAAAGGGGAGAGGGGAAAUGUAUACUUCAGAUAGCACUCGUGCACAUGGCAGUUAGCGUGGCACUUAACAAAACUUACCUCUUGUUAGAUGAUGAUAAUUAGAUUUAUAAUGCCUAUAAAGUGAAUGUUACCCAGGGAGCCAUCGAAGAGAAGGUUUAAAAAAGGGUACAGUGGAACCUCGGUUCACGACCAUAAUAAGUUCCAAAACUCUGGUUGUAAACCGAUUUGGUCGUGAAUUGAAGCAAUUUCCCCCAUAGGAUUGUAUGUACUGUAAAUACAAUUAAUCCGUUCCAGAUCAUACGAACUGUAUGUAAAUACAUACAUUUUUUAAGUUUUUAAGCACAAAUAUAGUUAGUUAAACCAUAGAAUGCACAACGUAAUAGUAAACUCAAUGUAAAAACAUUGAAUAACAGAGAAAACUAACAUUGCAAGAGUUCGCGCUAUACUGUAGCCUUAUGACCUGAUCGAUUUUUUUUUUUUUUUUUUUUUUUUUAAAUGAGUUUUAAGCACAGGGAAAAAAGGAACAUUUGAACAAAUCCGAACUUUAUUUAAAAACAAACAUAAACCACCACGAAAGUAACAUUGCAGGAGCUGACGCUAAUAGCCUUACAACCCGAUCGCUGUGUAAACUUUUUUUUUAAUGAGUUCUAAGCACAGGGAAAAAAACAUUUGAAAAAUCAGAAAUUUAAUAAACAACCAAGAAAGGUAACAUUGCAACAAUUCACACUACGAACUGAAAAAUUAACAUUUGAAAAAUCCGUAAUACAAAAACUAACCAUAAACCAAGAAAACUCACCUUGCAUGAGUCGAGUUCUGACAUGAAGGAAGUGAGGAGGAACUGAGUGGAGAGGAGGUGACAGUUUUGAGGGAGAGUCCGGCUCCGCGAUGGAGGGAUGUUCUCCUUCAUGUGUUUUCCCUGUGAUUUCUUGGGUUUCUGGUGUUUUUAGCUGUUUAGCUGGUGGAUCAGACUUCACGAAAUAACGGUCUAAUGUGACUUGCCUUUUCCUACGCAUUAAAAUUUUUUGGAAAUGUGAGAUGACAUUGUCGUUCAUCAUGUUUAUCACUCUGUUCGUAACCGCUUUGUCAGGGUGGUUCUUUUUGGAAAAAAUCCUGGCACACGUUCCAUUUUUCCAUGAUGGCUUUUAUUGCAUCACUUUCUAUAACCGCCCAUUCCUCUUCUUCCCCGGCGGACUGCUCCUCGGUAAACAACCUAAGCUGCUCCUGCUGGAGUUCAGCAAGUUCCUCCGUCGUCAGUUCCUCCUUGUGAUCCAGGACCAGCUCCUCGAUGUCCUCAUUGUCCACUUCAAGACCCAUGCUCUUGCCCAUGGACACAAUCUCAUCCACAACAGGAGGCUCAAAGCUUUCUAAAACUUGUUCAGGAAUGCAUUCAGACCAAAAUUUCUUCCAGGCCGAGAUCAAGGUCCGGUGUGUGACGUCUUCCCAGGCUUUAUCAAUGAGGCCGAUGCAAUGAACGAUAUUAAAAUAGUUCUUCCAGAACUCUUUCAGGGUCAAAGAUGUCUCCUCAGUCACAUUGAAAUACCUGGCGAAUAGUCCUUUGGUGUACAGCUUCUUAAAAUUUGAAAUAACCUGCUGGUCCAUGGGCUGCAGAAGAGGAGUCUUGUUGGGAGGGAGGAACAUGAUCUUAAUAAAGUCAUACUCGACCAUAUCGUCAACCAAAUUUGGAGGGUGUGCCGGUGCAUUGUCCAUCAGAAGAAGGCAUUUUUUAGGCAGGUUAUUCUCUUCGAGAUAUCGCUUCACGGCAGGAGCGAAAGCCUUGUGCAGCCAUUCCAAAAACAAGGUCCUUGUGACCCACCCCUUCGUGUUUGCCCUCCACAUCACAGGCAGUCUGGCUUUGUUUACAUUGUGCUGCUUGAAAGCACGAGGGUUCUCAAAUUGGUAAACAAGCAGCAGCUUGAUUUUUACGUCGCCACUAGCGUUAGCACACAGCAAAACGGUUAACCUGUCCUUCAUUGGUUUAUGGCCGGGCAUAGCCUUCUCUUCCUGGAUAAUGUAGGUCCUCUUCGGCAUCCUCUUCCAGAACAAUUCAGUCUUGUCGCAGUUGAAGACUUGUUGCGGGAUGUAGCCUUCGUCCUCCACUAAUUUUGUGAAAUUUAUCACAAAUUCUUUCGCAGCUUCAGCGUCGGAACUAGCAGCCUCUCCAUACCUUACCACACUAUGAAUGCCACUUCUCUUGCAAAACUUUUCAAACCAUCCUCUCUGGCUUUAAAUUCCUCACUUUCGCCACUCGUAGAAGGAUAGUUUUGCAGCAAAUCGCCAUGAAUCUUCCUUGCUUUCUCGCAUAACAUCGCCUCGCUUACGCUAUCCCCUGCAAGUUGCUUCUCGUUCAGCCACACUAGCAAUAGUUUUUCCACCUCUUCCAGCACUUGAGGUCUCUGCCUGGUUAACGCUGUAACUCCUUUUGCAACAUCGGCUGCUUUAAUAGAUUCUUUCUGCUUUAGAAUAGUCGAAAUCGUAGAUUUUGACUUCUUGUACUCGGUGGCAAGAUCAGUAACUCAAACACCACGCUCAUACUUUUCAAUAAUUUCUUUCUUCGAUUUCAAUUUUCUGCAAAACUUUCUUAUUACCACUCUUCACUUGCUUAGAAGCCAUGGUUAACUGCAAAAGCACACAAAAUACUGUAAAGCACAAAGAGUUCACAGGUAAAGCAUGCACAUCUGACUGAGAACAAUGAACAGGGAGAGGCUGAACAUGUGCUUAAAUACAGUAAUUGGCGCGUACGAACCGGAAGGGAAAUAAAAUAGAGCACAAAGAGUUAACAGCGAAAGCACGCACGUCUGACCGAGAACAAUGCAACACGUGCGGAAAUCAUUGGCGCAUGCACAAACGGAAAGGGAAACUGGUUUGUUCGUAUACCGAGUGUGUGGUCGUGAACCGAGGCAAAAGUUUGGCAAACUUUUUGGUCGUAAACCGAUUUGUACGUGUACCGAUACAUUCGUGAACCGAGGUUCCACUGUACAAUUGUGACCAAUGUACAGAUCAAUAUAAAACGAUUAUUGUUGUGUCUUAAUUGUGUUGUUCUGCAAUGCAUGAUUUAUAUGACAUUAGACACAAUGUAACUCCUGUUGGCAUAGUUUCAUUUGAGAAAAUGUUAACAUCUUUUGUCUGUAAAGAAUACUUGGCUGUUAAUUUCUCAGCGCCACAUUAAUUAAAACUUGAUGACCUGCAUGACUGUUCAGAAGACAGACUUGGAAGUAUUUUUAUGAAGGAGUUUAUUUUUUUUGACAUUCAUACUGUUCUUAUUUAUUUAUUUUUUUAAUAUUGACAUUGCACCCAUUUGCAUUUAAAACAAAAAAAAGAACUAAUCCAGAUUUUUGUUUUACCAGUUUAAUGUUGUAAUAACAUCCUUUUUUGUAUGGAACAUUUAAUGACGUAUUAAAAGUUUUGCUACUCUGA